CCCCCUCUCAGCUAGCUGACUUUAAUGUAACUAAUUUUUAAGUCACACAUGAAAUCAUCUCUGCUGUUAUGCUUGCAACAGUGGGAUUGUCUGUGUCCUGAAGCCCUGGCCUACCUGGCAGCAACAAUAAGAAACUGCUGUGCCCAAGGGAACUCCAGCCUAUGAGUUCUGCUGCUGAUUGAAGAAGGCUAUUUGAAUCUCCCUUUUCUUUGAAGAAGGCAGCCUAGAACAGGAACUGACUCACCUGCAAUGUUGUUCUGAGGAUCAUUAAAACUAUUUGGAUUCAGGAGUUUGGGGCUGAAACAAUGCAGCAUCUAGUCUGGGACACCUUGUUUUAAGGACGUGUUGCUUUUAUGUGAACUAAAAGAGCUACUUUGAAACCAGAGGUCAAUUUUCAGUUACUUGAUAGCCGCUGAACAAUGAUGCCAGACUGCAAGUGAGCAGAUGAAAUCGAGAACGUUUCAGGAUCUGAAGGGUCUUCCUGGAACAGCAUAAUAAGGCUGCAACCCAGGCCUUUUACAUUACAUAUUCACUUUCAUGGUUUGGGAUUUAACAGACCUCCACAGUUGGGAAACGUUUUCUGAGGAAUGAAAGUUUUGAACAGCAGCGGCUUUUUAAGCAGCCUUUCAACACCCAAGGAAGAGAACAAAGCCAUGUCUGUUCAAGCAGCAGACCUCAUUAACAGCCAGACCCACAGUAGCACACACUGUUCAGAAAACAGUGCCUGUGACAAGAAGUAUCUCUCUGGAGGUGUGGUCAAGAGGUGCCAGGUAAAAAUCUUUUGCGUUGGAGUGAAAGAGCAUGUGAUGAUCAAGGAUGCCGUGGGGACUCACUGGCUUCCCAAGCAGAGCAGAGCCCAGCAACGCUUCAUUUCUACCUGGAAGGGGCUGCAAGGAACGGACAGGAAUGCAAAGCAUGAUAUUUGCAAGAGAUUUUUGUUGUCCUCAAAAGAUCACCCUCCGCAGAGAAGAAAAGAAAUCAUUUCUUAUUCAGGAAUAAGAGAAAACCAAUAUGGAAUUAAUGCUUGGGAAGCAUGCAAAACUGUUCAGUAUAACACAGCAGCAAAGAAUGAGUCAAGCUUCACAAAGGAGUCUCUGCCAUCACAAAACACAAAAAUGAUUUCGUCUAUACUCAUUUCACAGAUGAUUGAUGAGAAUAAAUCAAAAGAAAAUAAGGCUCCUUUCCCUAUGAAGUCUGUAAUCACCCAGUCUGAUGCUUAUCGCAUGAGCCAAUCUUUGGCUAAUCAUAGUUCAGUCAACAUUAAUAGAGCAUUCAUAUUGCUUCCCAGAAGAUUAGGAAUUCAGAUUUCUUCAGAUGACAAUGUAUUUGGAACAGACUCCCAUACCAAAGAGGAGACGCAGUGUCAGAGCCAGAGGAAAGGUUUUGCUUCCAUCACAAUCACCGCUAGACGAGUCGUUCCACCUUCUCACAGCAUGAUGCAGGUGGAUGCUUCGGACCCCCCUUGUUUGAAAUGCCGAGGAAGAAGUAAGCUGCUAAUGAACACUGCUCCUGCUUCAAAUGUGACUGGGUUGGAUCAUCUCUGCAGACCUUUCCACGCACAAAGAUGUUGUCAAAAUGGAAAUGCCACUGAAAUAAAGGUUUCUGAACCCUGUCCGCAGCCGUGCACGGAGCAAUCUGGCUGCACAUCUAGCACUGAAAAUAAAGAGAACAGAAGGACCCCUCCAAGAAACAGCCACAAGAAACAAGCACCAAUUUCCUUCACUUCAAGCAUUCACUUCAGCAUUUCCCAGCGGUGUCCAAACACAAUAUAUUACAUAGACAAGUCUCUCUCAGUGCCUGUAGAUCAACCUCGGACUAAGAACCAAAAAAUGCAUAGGUCAGUCAUGUCUUUCAAUAUAAAUUGCAGUUCCCCCACUUUAACGCCAGAUGGAGUGGAUGGUUUAGCUAAUGGAGAGCUAAUCACAGAAGUACUUAAGACAAAGCUCCCAGAGGAAAGCAAGGCUCCACACAGAACAAUUUGGAAUGCAGAUCUCAAGGAGAACUACUUGGAUGAAAAACAGACAUCGGAAAAGGAACCGUUAGGGACUGAAUAUCUCCAGAAUGGUACCUUUCCAUCUGAAACCCUGCCAGUUGUGGAUAGCCUUCAAGGACAUGAUAAUUUAAAGCUAACACAGAGUAAUGAUGGGAAUUCAAAUGACAAUCACAGUACAUUGUCUCCUCACAUUCCUCAUUGGACUUACGAUGAAGGCACACAAGCAUCCUCAGGAAGCAACAGAAAACAGUGCAUAAGAGACAGACACUAUGAAACAGCACUUGCUUCCUUUCUGGAGCAAUCAUCCAAGAAAGAACUCAUGGUGGAAGGUGGCAUUUCUUUGACAGAUAAACAUCAACCCAAAGGCACUUCAGAGUCCAAAGAGAGUCAGACCCAAAGCUUUCUGAAACCAAAAACAUCUUUUUCUGAUCACGGGUAUCAUAUAAAGGCUUUAUCAAAAAGGGCACUGGGCGAAAAUGCUAUCUACAGAAAAGAUCCGUUCCCAAAAGGUGAUUACAAAUUCUGUGGUUUGGCUAUCAAGCUGAAGGAGCAUCAGAAAAGUGAGAUGAACAAGACAAUCGACAGGGUAACAACCUCCACAGCUCAUGAGCCAGAUGUUACUCAUGAGAAACAUGAAGCCUUCCAGCAGCCAGAGGUCUGCUCUGAGCCUGAGAACAUUCCUGAAAACCCACUGACUCUCAGGGAGGCGCUAGAAGUUCACAAGCCUCACUUUAUUUCCCGCUCACAAGAACGCCUGAAGAAACUCAAACACAUGGUACAGCUGAGGAAAACCCAGCAGGGUGAUGCCUCAAGAAAGAAACAAGGGGCUGCUCUUUCUCGCAAACUUUCCACGUCUUCCAUUACAAGUAAGAAGAAACAGUAUACAAUUCCUCAUCCUCUCAGUGAUAACCUGUUCAAGCCAAAAGAACGGUUCAUUUCAGAGAAGGAGAUGCACAUGCGAUCGAAAAGGAUUUAUAAUAAUCUGCCUGAAGUGAAGAAGAAACAAGAAGAGAAACAGAAACGAGUAAUCAUACAGAGCAACAGACUGCGUGUUGAAGUGUUCAAAAAGCAAUUGCUGGAUCAGCUUCUUCAAAGAAAUACCGAGUGACUAAGGUUCCUGGACACGUCAUUUCUUCUUGGACCUUGAAUGCCUUCGAUGAUUAUAAAGCCAUAAAAACUUCAUGCGAUCUUCA